AUGGCGUGGUCUAAAACCACCCGGAUCAGCAUCAUGCUGGCCAUUGAUGUUGCAUUCUUCCUCAUCGAGUUAAUAUCGGGCUUUAUGGUUCAUUCACUGGCGCUGAUGGCCGAUGCUUUCCAUAUGCUCAACGACAUCAUAUCACUGAUUAUUGGUCUCUGGGCUGUCACCGUCGUUAAACGCGCCACUACAAACCGCUUCUCUUACGGCUGGGUGCGAGCCGAGAUCCUAGGUGCCUUCUUCAACGCCGUUUUCCUAAUUGCACUUUGUAUUUCUAUCAUCCUUGAGGCAUUGACCCGGUUUGUGGAGCCUCAGGAAGUCGCCAACCCGAAGUUAAUCCUCAUUGUCGGCUGUUUUGGUCUUGUCUCGAACCUCGUCGGUUUCGUCGUCUUAGGCGGCCAUGGACAUGAUCACGGUCACGGCCACAGUCAUGACCACGGAGCGGAUCACAGCCAUGACCAUGUCCACCAACAUGACGACGUGUCAGCUGCCGAGGAAGGCAGAGCUAUAUACGACCCUGCAGACGAGAAUGGACCCGUAUCCGAUGUCUAUCCCGACGUGGUUGUAGCCCGGGUGCAGGCUGGGGAUUACGGAUCUAAGAGGACCAACCACAUCCGGUCUCACGGUACUAAGAGUGGAGACAAUGGAGGCCAUUCGGAUACCAGUCGAAACUUCUCUUCGCGAAAGUGGGAACGUCGACGCGCCAGCAGCCUUAAGCGCAGCCGCUUUACGAGCAUCGACGAAGUCAAUAUUCACCCUGCUAGUUUCAGGCAGGAUAUUAUCUAUAGAUCUAGCCAAAGUGAUGAGACCGAUGACAGCUCAGUGGAGGACAAUGCUACGGUGGAAACUGCCGUACGUGACGACCCAGUCGCAGACGAGAACACACCGCUCAUUGGGAAGGACAACGGGAAAAACGCCGAUGUUGUAUCUAAGAGCCAGCGCGACCGCCACUCUGUUGGUCAUCAUAGGAGCGAUUCCGGGGUUCAUGACGAUCACCACCAUACUAAACCGAAGUCCAAGUCUAAGAAUAGUCACGGUCACAACCAUGCGGACAUGGGUAUGAAUGCCAUGGUCCUUCAUGUUCUAGGCGAUGCGCUCGGCAACGUUGGUGUUAUUGCCACGGCGUUAAUUAUUUGGUUGACUGACUGGCCAGGACGGUACUAUGCCGACCCAGCCGUGUCGUUAUUCAUUACUCUCAUUAUCCUAAAAUCGGCCAUUCCUCUCACCAAGGCCACGUCCAAGGUGCUCCUGCAAGCGACACCGGAUCAUCUCGACCUUGAAGAUAUCAAGGAUGAUAUCCAGGGAUUGCCCGGGGUCAUCAGCUGUCACCAUGUGCACGUCUGGCAGCUUUCCGACACCAAGGUGGUGGCUUCAUUGCACAUACAGAUUGCUUUUCCUAUUACCGACGAGGGCGCGGCAAGGUACAUGAAGCUUGCGAAACAGGCGCGGAAAUGUCUUCAUGCCUAUGGAAUUCAUAGCGCCACGAUUCAACCGGAAUUUUGCCUGGAUCAAAACUGCAGCCAUGUGGAAGAGGGAUCUGUGACGAUGGACGGUCAACAAUCGCCGGUGCCCAACCCAACCAAUGUCAAACUCGAGCCAAGUGAUGGGUGUCUACUAGACUGUGUGGACGAUUGUGUGGAUCAGGGUUGCUGCACAUUGCCAACUGGGCCAGGUUCCAAGGCCGGCUCGAGCCGACGAUCUAGUCACUCGGCGGCUCAUAGCCACGAGCACGAGCACGAUCACUCACACCAGCAUUCCUAG